AGCCGCUGCCAUCUUUCCUCCGCUCCGAACACACGGAGCCCGGGGCCGCAGCUCGCAGCCGCCUUCGCCCGGCCCGGGGAAGGGCCCACCCAGCCGCCGCCGCCGCCCGCCCGCUGCAGCCUUCGCCGCCGCCGCCGCCGCCCGCCAGGCUUCGGGACCCAGCCGGUGCCGCCGCCCGCUGCGCGCCCCGCCGCCGCCUUCGCCUUUUGUUUCCUCCGCUCCGGCGCCCCCGCCCCGGCUCGCGCUUUGCAGGGGACGCAGCGCGCGCCCCCAGCGGCCCGGGGAAAGCCGCGGCGCGCGCCUGCGCGGGGACCCCUCCUCCUCCUCCCCGCGCGCGCGCCCCUGUUGGCUGCGCGCCGGCGCCGCCUGGCGGGCGGGAGGGGAGGCGGCAGGCGAGUUGGCAGGAGGGGCGCACCUCUGUGCGCUGUUCCCCCCCGGAGGUAGACCGAGAAGGGGAGGCGGGCGGGCGGGCGGAGAGGCGAGAGGAGCGCGCGAUCCGGCGGGGGUAGGGGCCGCUAUGUGGGGGGUGGUGCGCCCUGCAGUCUAGACGGUACGAUCCGGGCAGGGGGCGUGUGCGCUCGGCGCACCUGCGAGACUACAGAGCCCCGGGGCCGGCACGUGUGGGGAGUAUAGACACGUCCGCUGCGCCCCUCUUGUUCCUGCCUAGGGGAAGGGAAAGGGGCGGGCGAGAGCCGCGGCCGGGAGAGCGGGGAGGGGGCGGCGGACAUGGAGCGGGUGAACGACGCGUCCUGCGGCCCGUCGGGCUGCUACACCUACCAGGUGAGCAGGCACAGCACCGAGAUGUUGCACAACCUGAACCAGCAGCGCAAAAACGGCGGGCGCUUCUGCGACGUGCUCCUGCGGGUGGGGGACGAGAGCUUCCCGGCGCACCGCGCCGUGCUGGCCGCCUGCAGCGAGUACUUCGAGUCGGUGUUCAGCGCCCAGUUGGGCGAUGGCGGAACCGCGGACGGGGGUCCCGCCGACGUGGGGGGCGCGGCGGCGGGGCCCGGCGGCGGGGCCGGGGGCGGCCGGGAGCUGGAGAUGCACACCAUCAGCUCCAAGGUGUUCGGGGACAUCCUGGACUUCGCCUACACUUCCCGCAUCGUCGUUCGCCUGGAGAGCUUCCCCGAGCUCAUGACGGCCGCCAAGUUCCUGCUGAUGCGGUCGGUCAUCGAGAUCUGCCAGGAAGUCAUCAAACAGUCCAAUGUGCAGAUCCUGGUGCCCCCUGCCCGCGCUGACAUCAUGCUCUUUCGUCCCCCCGGGACCUCAGACUUGGGCUUCCCUUUGGACAUGACCAACGGGGCAGCCCUGGCAGCCAACAGCAAUGGCAUUGCAGGCAGCAUGCAGCCCGAGGAGGAGGCGGCUCGGGCAGCUGGCGCGGCCAUUGCCGGCCAGGCGUCCUUGCCUGUGUUACCUGGGGUGGACCGCUUGCCCAUGGUGGCCGGACCCCUGUCCCCCCAACUGCUGACUUCCCCAUUCCCCAACGUGGCAUCCAGUGCCCCUGCCCUGACUGGCAAACGAGGCCGGGGCCGCCCAAGGAAGGCCAACCUGCUGGACUCCAUGUUCGGGUCCCCGGGGGGCCUGCGGGAGGCAGGCAUCCUCCCGUGUGGCCUGUGCGGGAAGGUGUUCACCGAUGCCAACCGGCUCCGGCAGCACGAGGCCCAGCAUGGCGUCACCAGCCUCCAGCUGGGCUACAUCGACCUCCCUCCUCCCAGGCUGGGUGAGAACGGGCUGCCCAUCUCCGAGGACCCCGACGGACCCAGAAAGAGGAGCCGGACCAGGAAGCAGGUGGCGUGUGAGAUCUGCGGCAAGAUCUUCCGCGAUGUGUACCAUCUCAACCGGCACAAGCUUUCCCACUCGGGGGAGAAGCCCUACUCCUGCCCCGUGUGCGGGCUGAGGUUCAAGAGAAAAGACCGCAUGUCCUACCACGUGCGGUCCCACGACGGGUCCGUGGGCAAGCCCUACAUCUGCCAGAGCUGUGGGAAAGGCUUCUCCAGGCCCGAUCACUUGAAUGGACACAUCAAGCAGGUGCACACCUCCGAGCGGCCUCACAAGUGUCAGACCUGCAACGCUUCCUUUGCCACCCGAGACCGGCUGCGCUCCCACCUGGCCUGUCAUGAGGACAAAGUGCCCUGCCAGGUGUGCGGCAAGUACUUGCGGGCAGCGUACAUGGCGGACCACCUGAAGAAGCACAGCGAGGGGCCCAGCAACUUCUGCAGCAUCUGCAACCGAGGUUUCUCCUCUGCCUCCUACUUAAAGGUCCAUGUUAAAACCCACCACGGUGUUCCCCUUCCCCAGGUCUCCAGGCACCAGGAGCCCAUACCGAAUGGGGGAGCAGCGUUCCACUGCGCCAGGACCUAUGGCAACAAAGAAGGCCAGAAAUGCUCACAUCAGGAUCCGAUUGAGAGCUCCGACUCCUACGGUGACCUCUCGGAUGCCAGCGACCUGAAGACUCCGGAGAAGCAGAACACCAACGGCUCUUUCUCCUGCGACAUGGCGGUCCCCAAAAACAAGAUGGAGUCCGACGGGGAGAAGAAGUACCCCUGCCCCGAGUGCGGGAGCUUCUUCCGUUCCAAGUCCUACUUGAACAAACACAUCCAGAAGGUGCAUGUCCGGGCGCUCGGGGGCCCCCUGGGGGACCUGGGCCCCGCCCUCGGCUCGCCUUUCUCUCCCCAGCAGAACAUGUCUCUCCUCGAGUCCUUCGGGUUUCAGAUUGUGCAGUCGGCGUUCGCAUCGUCUCUAGUAGAUCCCGAGGUUGACCAGCAGCCCAUGGGGCCAGAGGGGAAGUGAGGCAGAGGCCACGUCCCUGUGGAGGCGGCCGUCCAUCCGGGGACUGCUGAGAAAUGCUGUGAAUGCGGAGGGAAGUGAUGUCUUUGGAUUCUGUAGCGGAGAGAUUUUUAUUCGUUUUUAAACCCCGCCCUCCCACCUUAUCGUCCCAUCCCCUCUCCACCCGCCCACCCCCGUGGUCUUUAGAUAGAUCCCCAUCUGAUACUCUGCAGACAUGUCUGUGAGGCCCAGGAUGGGGCAAGGGCAGGAAACACUACAUAGGCCAUCAAGGGCCUUCAAGGCAACAAGGGUUCCAGUUUCUCUGGAAUUCCUGGUGCUCAGUUCUUAGUGACCCCCAUCCCAAACCCACAGCUGACGGCAUUCUGGGACCUCGGUGAUUCUGGUCCCCUGCCACUUCUCUAACCCCUCACUCCCCCAUCUCCUAGCCCUUAAGGGAGAACACAGUAGGUCUCCACCCACAUAUACAACUCUGACGCCCCACUGUCUUUAAGGAAGCUGGAAGCCUACAGCAUCCCAUGGACCAGAGGGCGAGUGUCCUCCAAGAGCCCCCCCUGAGCUUGACCCUUGACCCGGAGGGCCCCAGAAUGUUCGGAGCCCUGCUUGGAGUCUUAGCAUUUUGCUUCUAGGACAAGCUUAGCUGUUGAGGACACUCCCACCCAAAAUUACAGUUCUUACGUGAUUUUAACCAUUCAACUUGCUGUUGGGUUUUAAUUCUCUAAUUAUUAUUAUUAUUGUUAUUAUUUUUUAGGACCAGUUGUAGUGAAUUGCUACUGAAAGCUAUCCCAGGUGAUACAGAGCUCUUUGUAAACCGCAGUCACAGGUUAGGGUUAGUAUUAAACUUUGUUUAGAUGUACCAUAAUUAACUUGGCUAGUUGAUUGUUUGGAGUCUAUGGAAGAAAUAGUUUUAUGCAAAAUUUUAAAAAAUGCCAGUCUGGUCAGGGAGGUAGGGGGUUUAGUGCUAUUGGGGAGACAGGGAGACAGGAGAGCUGGCAGGCGGGGACAUUAUGUACCUCAGUUGUGUCACGUGUGAGCAAGCCCAGGUGGACCUCGUGAUGUGAAUUGAUCUGAUCAGACUGUAUUAAAAAACUUAGUACGUUA